GUUACUCAUUCUCCCCUUCGCCCACUAUUUAUCCCUUCACGCUCGCUUCUCUAUUCCCGUUAUUAUUCCGUAAGACGACGGAAUACACAGUCAUCAAUGGUCGUAGAAUAGUGCUUCGGAAACCACGAUGAUGCAGCAUUCGAGCAGUUUACCGUUCUUCUACGGAUGCCUGGUCCUGUUCACCAUCUUCGUCGUGUUCUUCGAGGAACAUGAAGAACAGACCUUCCACAUGAUGGACUACACUUCAGACGCCAGUGGAGGUUUCAGAUCGCCAAAAAUAUGGGAACAAUUACCCCAAGAAAAUGACAACACCAAUAAUGAUACAAUAAAAAUAACCUUACCUGUUGGUGAAGGAAACCUGAAGAAAGACGCUGCACCUACUGUAUACUUGGAAGAAAUGCCUAAGGAAUUUUGCUUUCCUGAAGAAGGCUUAGAUCUUCGAGAUCCGAAGUUGAAAAAGAUUCUCAUCUGGAAUUCAGGUUACGGGACCAAAACCAUGAGCUUUGGGUACGGCCGCGCGCCUUUCCAAAGAGCCAAGUGCGAGGAGGAUCGCUGUAUGACGACCAGCAAUGCUACCCUUCUGCCUUCUGUCACGGACUUUGAUGCUGUCAUCUUCCACUUCAGGGCGACGGAGAGGUUACAGAUGCCGAAGAGGAGGUCUCCUCAUCAACGCUGGAUUUUCGAGGAGGUUGAAUCAUCUUCAUAUAUCUAUCAAGAUCCUGCAAAAUACAACGGUCUGUUCAACUGGACGAUGACCUAUAGGAGGGACUCCGAUAUUGUUUAUACCUACGGCCGUGUGUAUUCAUCUCCCACGCCGUCGUCAGUUUCAAAAGACAAGAAUUUCGCGGAAGGAAAGACGAAGAUGGCGGCCUGGUUCGUGUCCAACUGUUAUUCUCAUUCCAAGCGAGAGCGAAUUGUGAAGGGCUUGCAGAAGUUUAUCAAGGUGGACAUUUACGGUAAAUGUGGACCGCUGGAAUGCCCUCGUGCAAAUACUCGCCUCUGUUACCAGAUGCUCGAGGAAAGUUACAAGUUUUAUUUUUCGUUUGAGAACUCUCUCUGCAAGGAUUACGUGACAGAAAAGCUGUUUUCUGUUCUCAAAUACAACGUUGUUCCUGUGGUAUACGGUCUCGGUAACUACGCUCUAAUCGCCCCUCCUGGUUCCUAUAUAGACGCCUUGAGCUUCCCUUCAGUGGAAAGCCUUGCCAAGUACUUGAAAUACCUCGAUGGAAAUGAUACAGCUUAUAAUGAAUACUUCAGGUGGAAGGGCCAGUACACCAUUGACAGCGGCUGGUCAAACACGGCUCAAGGAUUCUGCGAUCUGUGCAAAAAACUCCACCAGGACACCACGCCAAAAGUUUAUCGUGAUAUUAAAGAUUGGUUUAUGUUGAGAGGCGGCUGUAAGACGUUAAAGAGCAGGUCUUGGCUGCCUUGGCUUUAA